GACCUCCGCCCUCCUUCGAUGCGUUCGAGAAAUCGAAAUUAACUCUCCAACCCAACAAAUACCACCAAAGCACGCACACUCACAGACGCAUACACUCUCCCAGCAACACGCCAAUGAGCGCCCAAAUGGCUCACCUUCUCGGCACCUCCUUCGUGCCCUCCGCCACCGCGCUGCGCAGGGGCCCCGGCCUCCACGCUGUUACGGGGCGCAACGGGAGCAGUUGCGCCACGCGAAUCCAGGCGAAGAUCCGGGAGAUCUUCAUGCCGGCGCUCAGCUCGACCAUGACGGAGGGGAAGAUCGUGUCGUGGAUGAAGUCCGAGGGAGACAAGCUGUCCAAGGGCGAGAGCGUGGUCGUGGUGGAGUCCGACAAGGCUGACAUGGACGUCGAGACCUUCUACGAUGGUUACCUCGCUGCCAUUAUGGUUGAUGAGGGUGGCGUCGCCCCCGUUGGCUCCGCAAUCGCCCUCCUCGCUGAGUCCGAGGCCGAGAUCGCUGAGGCCAAGUCUAAAGCCUCCGCCAACUCUUCCUCCUCCACUUCUCCUCCUCCUCCUCCUCCUUCUCCAUCGCCAGUCGCUGAACCGGAGAAGAUUGCGGUGAAUGUUGCUCCCGUGGCGCCACCUGUUGCGGUGACGGUGGCGUCCACACACCCCGCUUCCGAGGGAGGGAAGAGGGUGGUGGCGUCCCCCUACGCGAAGAAGCUCGCGAAGGAGCUGAAGGUGGAGUUGGGGAGGAUCGUAGGGAGUGGGCCAAUGGGUAGGAUUGUGGCCAAGGACGUCGAAGCUGCUGCUUCGACUGCUGCUGCUGACUUGGCGCCUAUCGGUUCUUCGGCGCCUGCGGUGGCUCCGGCAGGGAUUGAGCUGGGGACGGUGGUGCCGUUCACGACGAUGCAGGCAGCGGUGAGUAGGAACAUGCUGGAGAGUCUGGCCGUGCCAUCCUUCAGAGUCGGGUACACUAUCACCACCAACGCGCUUGAUGCUCUGUACAAGAAGAUCAAGUCAAAGGGAGUAACCAUGACGGCAUUGCUGGCCAAGGCAACGGCGCUUGCUUUGGUUAAACAUCCUGUUGUGAAUUCUAGUUGCAGAGAUGGUAAGAGCUUUACUUAUAACAGUAGCAUCAACAUUGCAGUUGCUGUAGCUAUAGAUGGUGGAUUGAUUACACCAGUGCUUCAGGAUGCUGAUAAGGUCGACAUAUAUUCAUUGUCAAGAAAGUGGAAGGAAUUAGUUGAUAAGGCCCGGGCCAAGCAGCUACAGCCUCAUGAAUAUAAUACAGGUACUUUCACUCUUUCUAACCUUGGGAUGUUUGGUGUUGAUCGGUUUGAUGCCAUUCUACCACCUGGAACGGGAGCUAUCAUGGCUGUUGGAGCAUCUCAGCCCACAGUUGUUGCUAGCAAGGAUGGUAGGAUAGGCAUGAAGAACCAGAUGCAGGUAAAUGUUACAGCAGAUCAUCGUGUAAUCUAUGGUGCUGAUCUGGCUUCAUUCUUGCAAACCUUGGCAAAGAUUAUUGAGGAUCCCAAAGAUCUUACCUUCUAGUUUCCCUUUCCUUGUCAUAUGGAGAUAUUUUCCCCCUAAUAUGUGCCAAAGGCUCGUGGUCGGGUAGACUCAUGGGAGAAAUUUAGAAGCUAGUCACCUCUGUUCAGGAAACAGGAGCAGAAUUUUGAAGAGCAAAGUUUAUUUGAGUUCUAGGUUCUUCAAUUUUUAUUUGCCUGAUUUUUCAGACAUUAUAGGUUUUUCAGUUUGAUGUUGUCAUAAAUUAUGGUUGUUUAUUGCUGCCCAGUAUAUCAAAUUGUACCGUUCAUUGUUGUCUUGUGAUCAGAUUUUCUUCUUUAGUUUGCUGAAGCACGUAUCUCUCCUGAGAUUUCAAGUGCAUGUUCUUCAAGUUGAAUGGAUAUAGCCGAACAGAAAUUCUGGGUCUCUGUUCAUUCAA